UGCAGCGCUUGCCACAUCUAGUCGGGAACGCGCCAUGCUGAGCCGGCGCCGCGUCUUUGCGGUGGAGCGACUUGGUAGCCGGGAUGGGGCCUUCGAGGACCUGGCACAAGGUUGUGUGGUGCCAGGAGUCACCUGCACCUACAGACGGAUACCAGAGAAAACUCAUGGAUGUUCACUGGACUUCGGGGAGGGGCAGAUGCCACUUCUGAAAUUGGCUUCCCAGGACUCCGGCAUGGAGAUGGUGGUCGGGGACAGCCCUUUGGCUACCGUAUCAGGACUUUCUCAGGAUUCUUUGAACCUUGAGCCCAUGGGGAGCCCUGAGCUGCCUUCUGCCCAGCUAGACCGGCUGCUGGCCCGCCAGAAGCUGGAACAGGUGCUGGAGAGGUCUCGAGAGUUUCCCAGCCUGUCUGGACAGCGGCGGCGGCGGAGGCGCAGCUCCUUACAGCUGCUGAGCAAGCCUGUAGGUGGAGUGCCCAUCUUUGCGGGGGAACUGGAGUCCACGGAGGCAGACACUGAGCUAGACGCUGGUCUGGAAGUAGCAAAGGUGGUGGGCGAUAUGGAGUCUGGAGCGUUGACCUGCCUUCCAGGGCAGGGUUUACGUUACCUGGAACACCUGUGCCUUGUGCUGGAGCAGAUGGCGAGGCUCCAGCAGCUGUACCUGCAGCUGCAGAUCCAGAGACCCUCGAGGGAUCCCGAGGAGGAAGAAUUGGCUCUCUCAUCUUCACACACCCCAGACGAUGGAGUGGAAGGGCACAGAGAGCAGAUAAGCUGGACAAGGGACCCAGGUGCAGAGGCAGCUUCUCUCCCAGAGGUGGGGGUGCUCACUGCCAACCCUCCCAGGCUGCCAGAGGCCUUGCUGGAAUCAACCCACAUCCGCCCAUCCUCCCAGGGACACAAGGAUCUCUCCCACUGGGACAAAGUCAAGGUCCUGCUCAAUCGGAUCCGUUGGAGGAGCCCUCGGCUCCCUGAGCCUCCUGCUCCUCCUGAUCGUUCUGGUCCCAGGAUGGCGUUCAGGAACCUCUCUGAAAGGACUCAGUGCCACACCCACCGGAAGACCUUUAUUCCAACGUUGGUGGUUAAGAAACCACGCGCAAAAAACCUUUCUGUAUGAUCUCUUGGUGUGCCUGGUGACCUUGGGUGGAGGGGAUUGCCAUGGAGUUCCUCACCUUUUGGCUUACUGUGGUGUCCCUGCACUGCCAGGAAAGGCUCUUUGUGCUUGCUCCUCUUCAAGCCGAGUCCUUCCCUAAGCAGCGUGGCCAAGGAGCCCUGGUUCCCUGAGAGACCCUCAAGUGCAGUUCCCGCCAUCUUCCAGGGUUCUUCUUCCUUGCCAGAAAUCUCUGGGCCCAGACAAUGUGAACUGACUUAGUUAUCAGGCACUCACAGAGUGUGGUUAGUAUGGCAAUGUGCCAGCAUGUUACAGAUGUAUGUUUCUGCGGUCUCUGUUGGACUAUCAAUGGCCCGGAUUCAAUCAUCUGACAGAAUCAUGCAUCCAAAGGGUUGGUGCUUUGGGUGUAACUGUGGAAGGACAGCACUGAUCUUCAUUCCACAACGGGACAGUUACUAAUGUGGAUUCCUAAUUUCUUCCUCAUACCUGAGACGGCAGCCCUGGGACGGAGAACAAUACUGCCUUGGGUUAACUCUGCAUUGAGUCAUGGCCCUGGAGCACAGCCUGAGGACUGAACGAGCAAUGGGGGAAAGACCAAGCACAAUGUGAAGACUAGCAAAUAACUCUCAAGGUCAAUUCUCAGUUGCUGUGUUCUAUCCUGGAGUUGAGACCAUGGCAGCAUCUCUGAAUUUGUGAGCCACAGCUCCCUACUUGGGAUGGCGCCAGCCUUACCUACCUCGGAAGCUUGUUAGGAGGAUAAAGUAACAUUAAACUCUCUCACUGUG